CUAAAGCCCACGCACAUUUUAGGCCCAACCCACAGUUUUACCCUCUUUCCCUAGACUGACUAUUCGAGACGCCAUUGCUGAGAGUUCCGUAUCACUCUACACGACUGCAAUCUGCACAUCUCCGAAUUCGUAAAUCAAAAGAAUCAUGGGAAGUCGAUUAGGAAGAAGAGUUGUAAACUUCGCUAAUCUUCCGAUUAAGCUUCUCAUGCCUUCUUCUUUCUCCAACAUCACUGAGAUCUCCCUCAAAACCAUCCCCUCUGCUUCCAAGAUUGAGAUAAAGAGGGUAUUGGAGUCAUUGUACGGCUUUGAAGUUGAAAAGGUCCAAACUUUAAACAUGGAUGGAAAGAAGAAGAAGAGAGGUGGACUAUUAAUUGCUAAACCAGACUACAAAAAAGCUUAUGUUACACUUAAGAACCCUUUGUCUAUAUCGAGGGAUCUUUAUCCUAUACGAAUGAUCGAAGAGGAAAAGAAAAAUAUGAGCAAGAAAUCUAAGUCUAGCAUUGUUGAUGAUGAGCCUAAGAAGAUGCAUUGGCUUGACGAGAAGAGAGACAUGAGGAGUAGUUCAGAGAGGAGAUUCAGUCGUGGUCGUGAUCGUGAACAUGGUGGAGAACGUUCUUCAGAUGUUGGUGCUGCAGCAGCAAAGUUCCCUUGGAGUAGUACGAGGUCUUAUGCUCCUAGGUAGAUCAUCUAUUUUCUUUGGAAUAAUUUGAAUUUUCUUGGAAAUGUUGCUAGUUUAAUUCUGAAAAGCUAUAUGGAGUUUUAUGGUUU